AUGCGGCUCAACGAGGCAGUCACGCUCGCCAACGACAAGCUCGUGCUGCGGCCGUACCGCCGCUGGCACGUCCCGCGGUACCACGAGUGGAUGGAGGACGACGAGGUGCGCGAGCAGACGGCGAGCGAGCGCUUGACCCUCGACGAGGAGUUUGACAUGCAGAAGUCGUGGCGGCUCGACGCCGACAAGCUCACCUUCAUCGUCCACCUGCGGUCCGACUCGGCGCCUCCCCCCUCCUCGGACCCUGCCGCCUUCCUCGCCGCGCACAACGACACCUCGCGCAUGAUUGGCGACGUCAACCUCUUCCUGCACGACGCCUCGCCGCCCUCGUCCCCCUCGCCCUUGUCCCCCUCGCCCUCGUCCUCCCCGUCCGCCGACCCUGCAUUGAGCACGACACCUCGCCGCGCCGAGCUCGAGAUCAUGCUCCCGCCCUCGUCGUCCUCCCUGUACCGCCCUCGCUCCGGCCUCGCCCUCCUCACCCUCCAGCUCUUCCUCUCGUACGCGAGUCGCGCCCUCGACCUCGCGCCGAGCUCGUUCUUCGCCCGCAUCGGGUUCGACAACGCGCCGAGCCUCGGCCUGUUCGCAAAGCUCGGGUUCGUCGAGGGCAAGCGCGUCGACGUCUUUCGCGAGGUCGAGAUGCGGUGGGGUGCGGGCGACGGCGACGCAGAGGGCAGGAGGUGGCCGUGGGAGCGGGACGAGGCGUGGCGGUACGACGAGGUCGAGGAUCCGAGAGACGAGGAGCGCGACUGA